AUGUGGUGGACAUUCGCAUUUCUCAAUGUGUUCUGUCUUCAUGGAUUGGCAUUUGAUAUUCUGGUUUAUGCUCCAAGAAUGAUGCAGAGUCAUGUGUACUUUACGGCGAGAAUUGCGAAUGUACUCGCUACAAGAGGACAUAAAGUGACAGUGAUUGAUAAUAUCUUCCGGUAUGAUGUGGAUAACGAACUAUCAUCGGAUAUAGACCAGAUUCUAAAUGUGGAACCUAGCCCUCAAGUCACACAAUUGCUGAGCACUGGAAGUUUGCCGACGAUUUUAUGGAACUCAAAGGCUUCUCCAGAAGAACAACGAGCCAUAAUGGAGGGACUUGGUCAUGUUCAUCGUCUCCAAUGUGCCCAUCUGAUACAGAAUACAACACUGAUUCCUAAACUGCAAGAAAUGAAAUUUGAUUUUGCAAUUCAUGAAGUCUUCGAUUCUUGCGGAACCGGUAUUCUGGAAGUGAUCGGUGUUCAGAAGACAGUGAUCGUUUCGUCGACAGGACCAAUGGAUGUGGUACCUAUCUCUCUUGGGAUUUCGGAUACGUUGAGCACACCUUCGCUGUUGUCGGACUACGGUAGCUUUUUAUCCUUUUACGAGAAAAGAAGAAAUCUGAAAUUCUUGUCUGCAAUGUUGAAUUUUCAUGAGAUGCAAGAUGCCAUGAUUUCUCCAUUAUUCAAAACUCAUCAUGGAUUAAAAAGAUCUUCUGUAGAAAUAAUGAGACAAGCCAAUUUGCUCUUUUAUAACAUUCACGAAGGAUCAGAUGGAAUGAGAAUGAGAGGAAGGAGAAGUUAUGAUAUCGGAGGUAUUGCAUUCAAAGGUCAUAAAAAUUUAAGUUCGGAAUACCAAAAACUCCUUUCUGAUCGUCGUCCCAAAGUUCUGGUAUCUUUUGGAACUGCUGCCACCUCUUCCCAUAUGCCUGAAAAUCUUAAAAAAUCGCUUUUAAAUGCCAUGAAACAAAUGACAAACGUUUUGUUUAUCUGGAAGUAUGAAUCAGAAGAUGAUUUCACAAAAGGAGAAGAGUCGAUAACAAAUGUGAUCUUCAAAAAAUUCAUGCCACAGACAGAUCUUUUGGCAAGUGGCAAAAUCAAUCUAUUUAUAACACAUUGCGGACAAAACAGUUUGCUGGAAGCAUUCCAUUCUGGAAUCCGAGUUUUGGCUGUUCCACUUUUUGGAGAUCAACAUAGGAAUGCAAAAUUGGCGAAAGAAAAUGGAUUGGUUGAAGUUUUGCCAAAAGCUGAUAUUGAAGUCUCUUCUAAAGUAAUCAACGCUGUCAGAAAUGGUUUGCUUCCUAAUGAAAAAAUCGAGAAAAAUCUGAUCCGUGUGUCUUCUCUUCUUCAGAAUGCUAAAGAAAACGCAGAGAAUCUCCUGAUAUCGACUAUUGAGACAACAUAUUCAACAGAUUUCCCACCCAAUUUCUCAAAAUUUCCAAAAAACUAUCACCCAAACACUUUGAUUCGAGUUAUUGAUUCAGCAAUUGCUAUUGUUUUUGUAUUGGUUGGAUUUCUAAUUGUCAAAACGUUCAGAAAGAAAUUAGUAUGA